CUUUCUUCAGCACUGUUGAAAGAAGAAAAAAUGCCAGUCCUGUCUCCAGAAAUCAAAUUUGAUACUUCCAAUGUUACCAGAAAUUCCUUUGACAGUUGUUUUCUUUUUGAGAGUAGUUGGAGGAAAGCAGUUUUAGAAACACAAAAGAUGAAGAAAGAAUAUACCUUUGGUCUAGAAGAGUUCAAAGAAUGUGUUAAGAUGCCCUAUUUACCAGGACUGCAGAGUUGCCCAAAAAGUGUAAGUUCAACUCCACUGGAAGUUCGUCAGAGACUGCGGCAGGCUGAUCCUGAGAUGUGUCCAGUCAGGAUAAGGAAGACUAAGGAGGCCCGCACUGUGGUACCACUUCAGGAGAAACCAAAGGGAUUUUUAAGGCAUUCUAAUUCUUCAAUCAACUUUGGUUCUGGCUUCAGUGAUCCUCUUGCUGGAGCAUCAUCUCAAUACUUACAGAGACUUUCCAAAAUGGCCAUAUUGGAAUAUGAUACCAUUCGUCAAGAAACUACUAGAAAAUCCAAAAAGAGCAAGAAACGAGACCUGCGAGACUGCUGAUAAGUAUCACAUCACAUGCGAUGCUUUCUUCGCUGAUGUCUAAGGUUUAUAUAUUUUUUCCUUUCUUUUUCUUUUUUCGAUAUGUGGUAUG